AUGGCAGGUCAUGAUGCGUGGCCAGCUGGUGCGCCUAACCGCAGCGGCCGGCCCGCGCGUGUUUGCAAUCGCGCGCUGACAGCGCACGCCUUCUCAUUGCGUGCGCAUCCCUUCCCCCUGCUUCCCUCGUGCAGCGGGCAAGCUGCGGGCAAGCUGGUGCGUCUAAGCGAGGCGGACGGCCCGAGCGCGGCGGUGCACAUCUGCGGCCGCGUGCUGCCGGCACGCCCCUUCUCAUUCGGGCAAGCUGGUGCGUCUAAGCGAGGCGGACGGCCUGAGCGUGGCGGUGCACAUCUGCGGCCGCGUGCUGCCGGCACGCCCCUUCUCAUUGUUCCCCUAUUCCCCCUCCACACCUCCCCUUGUGCAGCGGGCAAGCUGGUGCGCUUGAGCGAGGCGGACGGGCCCACGGGCAAGCAGGUUCGUCUAAGCGAGGCGGACGGGCCGAGCGUGGCGGUGCACAUCUGCGACCGCGUGCUUCCGUUCCUGGAGGCCAUGCAGGACGUCAGCGACGAGGCUGGGCUGCCCUCCACGGUGCAUGUGAUAAAGAACGAGGACACGGGGGCGGCCAUUUUGGAGGCAGCGUCGAAGCUGGAGGCCACUCACAUGGUGCUCGCCUCUUCUGCCGGCAAGGGUGCCAGCCAGUGGCACACCAUCAACGCGUGUUCAGACGAGACGAAACUGCCGCCCGGAGCAACGCUCUUCAUCAUUGAAGACGGCAAGAAGCUCAAAUCCAUCUCCUCGGGACAGCCCCCCGCCCCCACCACGGCGUUAGAAUGGACGAUCAGCGAGUUCAGCCGACGACAAGACAAAACCGUCUGCCUCUUGCUCACGCACGUCGUCACCGAGCUUCGCAACUCAGCGGGCAAGCAGGUUCGUCUAAGCGAGGCGGACGGGCCGAGCGUGGCGGUGCACAUCUGCGACCGCGUGCUUCCGUUCCUGGAGGCCAUGCAGGACGUCAGCGACGAGGCUGGGCUGCCCUCCACGGUGCAUGUGAUAAAGAACGAGGACACGGGGGCGGCCAUUUUGGAGGCAGCGUCGAAGCUGGAGGCCACUCACAUGGUGCUCGCCUCUUCUGCCGGCAAGGGUGCCAGCCAGCCGAGUGAAGCUGAGACAGCAGCUUCGAAGCUGGAGGCCACCCACGUGGUGCUCGCCUCCUCUGCCGGCAAGGGUGCCAGCCAGUGGCACACCAUCAACGCGUGUUCAGACGAGACGAAACUGCCGCCCGGAGCAACGCUCUUCAUCAUUGAAGACGGCAAGAAGCUCAAAUCCAUCUCCUCGGGACAGCCCCCCGCCCCCACCACGGCGGGCACAGCAGGGUAUGCCGCACCAGCCUACGAGCAGCAGCUGCCAGGCAUACAGGAGGGGGGCAGCGGCACACAGGAGCUUUCGAGGCUUCUCACAAUCUCCCGUCCUCCUCCAUUACUCCCUCACUCCCCCCACUCCUCCCCCUUCUUCCCUCUUCUCCCUUUCCUCUCAGGCAAGCACAGCUGCCAGGCAUACAGGAGGGGGAAGCGGCACACAUGCAUUUUCAAAUCGACUCAAACUCCCUUCCCCCCUUCUUUUGAGUCGACUCAAAAAUAG